AUGGCGACCAUUAUCCACAAUCCACUGUUCCUGAGCUUGCAGCCGUCCAACAAACAUUUAGCCAGGGGUUUGGUCAACCUACUGGCCGUCAAUUUUUGGUACCGUCUGACCAUGGUCACGCAAGAAGAGCUGCGUUACGAUGGCUUUUACCGGACAUUCAGGGACCUCACGAUAGACGGCAAAUGGACGGUCGAGGACGAGAUCUUCAUAUCCAACACCAUCUCGGAAGAAGCUCUCAACAACUCGCUCGAGUCCCUGUGCCGUAACUCCUCUAGGAUAUUUGUCCUCCACGCCACGGCGGCGCUGGCCCGGCGGAUAUUCAUCAGCGCCAAGCACGUCUUCUCCCACCUCAACCUCCUCGCCUGGAUUAUCACGGAGAACGCGUACACGCGAAACGAAGACCUGCUCCGGGAUUUCCCGCUGGGGACGAAAGCGUUCCUCGUGAACACGGACGUGAGAGCAGACGAACUCCUCCGGGACGUGCUCGAGUUCACGGCCCAGGCCUUCCAGGGCAACGACAGGGGCGACUCGCCUUUGAUAUCACGCAUGCUGUCCUCUUCUUCAUCCUCCUCAUCGUCGUACAGACAGUCACCAACGUUAUCGCCUUUUUCAACCACCCCGCCUUCUGCUGGCAAGGAGAGAGCCAUGGGCUGCUGGUCUGCUAAACCCGGCCCGGUCUACCCUAGUCAGAAUGACGUUUAUAGUGCCUUGCUGUCCACAAGUAUCUACGGAUUAACUGGCCAGCUCAGUUUUGAUAACGACGGGUUUAUGAACAUUAGCAAGUUUCGCAUGCGGAACCUGGUCUUUGACGGACGGCAGAGCGUCUGGCAGGAUAUCGGCUGUGUCCACGGGAAGGAUGUCCGGCCUUUUGGCAUCAUCUGGCCAGGGGACGCACAGAGUAUGCAGACAGACACAGACGGCCGUAAGCGGUACAGGGUCGUGACCAACCCGGUCCAGCCGUUUGUGAUGACGGAAGCCCCGCACCCGGACUACGGGACCUGCCUGAGCGACACGCUGUGUCUGAACCUGACCAACAAGGUGAAGGACAAGGACGUCGUCCUGGAGGCCAUCCGGGCCUUCGAGGAGGGCAACAGCUCCAAGCAGCACCUGUACACGGUCCAGUGCUGCCGGGGGCUGUCCAUCGACCUGCUCAACAAGCUCGCCUCCGACCUGGACUUCGACUUCACGCUCUACAUCGUCCAGGACGAGACGUACGGCCGGAUGAACGAGUCCUGGGACGGCAUGAUCAGGGACCUCAUCGACAACACAGCCCACUUCGCCGUGGCCGCCUUCUCCAUCACUAGCCAGCGCGAGCGGGCCAUAGAUUUCACGGAGCCGUACUUCUUCUCCGGGUUCUCCAUCAUCUACUCGGACCGGACCCGCGAGACGAGCAUGCUGGCCUUCCUCGAGCCUUUCUCCACCCGGGUGUGGUUCGCCAUCCUCGUCUCUGCCCACAUCACCGCCGUCUGCAUGGCACUCUUUGAAUGGAACUCCCCCUUCGGGCUCAACCCCUGGGGCCGCAAGCGCACCAAAAAUUACUCCCUGGCUUCCGGGUUGACUAUGGUGUUUUCGGUGCUCUUCGGCCACACGGUGAAGACCAAGUCCCCCAAAGCGUGGCCUUCGAAAGUGAUGCAGAACUUUUGGGCGUUCGCCGCCAUUUUUAUUAUUGCCAGUUACACGGCGAACUUAGCGGCCUUCAUCGCCGGCAAGCACGCUGGGAUUAACUACAUGGAUAUAUACGAUCCACGGCUCCAGGAUAUACGGAUCGGUGUCCUGCAGGGGUCAGCUGUCCACGGUGCUUUGAAAAAUAUUAGCAGCAAGCUGGUACCUGUGGCUGAGCGCUACUACGUCCCCAAGACGGAUGAAGGCGUCGACAGGGUCAUGUAA